AUUUCGCUCACCAAAUAGGGCCCAAAUCAUGGCCGACCCGGCCCACACCCUUUCUCCAAACCCCCAUGCCAGUUCCAAAACGGCGCGGCAUUUCUUCCGUCUCGGAAUUCAAACAGCAAAGAUUCUACAAACUCCUUGAUGGUAUUAAUACUCUAAUUUACCCCCAAAAAAAGCUUCAAAGCAGACACAGGACCGGUAUAUAGCAGCAAAAUUGAAGGUUAAAUUGGACUCAAUAUACGCUCCAAGUCGAUGGACUCCUGAAUGUAAUGAUCUCCCUCCCUGCCGCUGCUGCUGCCUAAUGGACGACGUUGAUCGCUUAUUUGAAUGCUUCAAAUGCGGCAUUUCUCCCCCUCAAUCAGCAAUAAGAGAAAGGAAAAAGGGAAAGCAGACAGUGAAGCAAAAUGAUACAUUGGAAAAGCUAUCAACAUCUUCCGAUAUUUUUUCAUCAAGAUCAAAGGGAAAGGUCCAAAAUGCAACAGAUGUUGAGCUCUGCCUACAAAAUACCAGUUCAUCAACAACAAAGAUACAAAGUCUUAAGAAGGGAUCACAGUUCUCUCCCCUUGUGUUUUUUGGUUCUCCACAUGGAGUUCCUCCAAAAAGACCAGCUCGUUUGUUGCGGCUGUUGAAUGAAAUCCGUGUAGAUUUUAACGAGCAAAAUAAAUUAAGUCAAGAUAUAUGGGCCACAUUUCCAAGGCAAGAUGAAGCGAUGAAGUAUGCAAAAGAGCAAACUGAUGCUCGUGUUUUCAGUUACCAGGAUCAUGUGAAUGGUCAAAGAAGAUUCCUCGUGUCCACAUAUAAAGAGUUCUGGAGAAGGUACAAAACUAUGAAUCCUAAAUUUCGGCACCACUAUGAAGUUAUCCAGGAGGGACUGCCAUGCCAUCUCUACUUUGAUCUGGAGUUCAACAAGAGAGAGAAUGCGGAUAAAAAUGAAGAUGAAAUGGUUGACCUUCUUAUACAGGUCAUCUUUGAUGCAGUCAAGGAAAAGUACAGUCUUGAAGGAAACAAUGAUUGGGUUGUGGAGCUCGAUUCCUCCAAUGCAGAAAAAUUUUCUCGUCAUUUAAUAAUCCGAUUUCCAAAAGCUGCUUUCAAGGACAACUCGCAUGCAGGUGCAUUUGUUACAGAGAUAUGUUCAAGGAUCAGUAGCAUAAGUGAACAUGAUGGAAGAUUUAGAAAGCUUUUUGUCUCAAAGGAUUCAAGUUCAACUGAUAUUCCAUUUCAGCUGUUUGUGGAUAAAGCUGUCUACUCUAGAAAUCGCUGCUUUCGCCUAGCCUUGUCAUCUAAAGCAGGGAAGAGUUCUGUGCUUCUUCCAAGUGGACGUUUUAAAUGUAAGGACAUGUCUGAGGAAGAAGUCUUUAUGGCAUCCUUGAUUUGCAAUAUGGAUGCUGAUUUGGAGAAGCUACUGAUCUGCACAGUGGAUCUAGAUUGUAUGAAGGCCCUUCAAUUUGAUACAGAGAGUACCAGGAGUUUCCAACAGCAUUCUGCUGUUUCAUUGAAUUUUGACCUAAAUGCUUGUACAAGUGAUGAUCCUUCAAAAACUUAUUUGACGGGAAAAUCACCGUUCCCAUAUCUGGAUGUGUUUGUAGAGUCUGUUGCUUCAAUUGGAAAUAUACCAGCAUAAAAUGAUGCACUAAUUUCAACAUGACGAAUGCAAGAUAAUCAAUACAUGGAUUAUGGCAGGAACAAAACAUUGUCUAUAAAUGCAUAAUUUAACACUGAACUAUGGAGCAUGUUUCACUCAAUUUUUGGACUUAGCUGGCUCAUGCCAUGUAGUGUUAAAGAUGCAUAUGAAAGCUGGAGUGCAUGGAGCGUUGGUAAAUCCAUCAGGUUUAUCUGGAGAAUGGUAUCUGCCUCAUUUUUUUUGUCGUAUUUGGACAAAAAGGAAUCAUAGAUACUUUAAUGGUAUUUCAACUCCAUUAAAGUUGAAACAUGAGGAAUUGCCGAACCAACGAAACAGUCCUUCUCCUACAAUGGCAUACAGAGUUUCGGGCGCUUGACACUUGGACAAAUGCCUUCUUGGUUAACCAAACACUACUCCCAAAACAUUUAAUAACAUACAACUCAUUGGCCCGUUUUAUAAAUAUUAAAUUGUUAAUUGUGUGGCUGUUUGGCCCAUAAUAUCCUUUAUCAUCAAGUCAUGAAACAUAAACGUAAAUGAAAGCUCUUAAAGUCAUGUAAAUAUGAAUAUAAAUAGAAUGUUUUAAAAACUCAUGGAUAACAUGAAGACACUUGGGUACCAUUAUUUCAUGUAAGUAUGACACAUAGAGAGGAAAUUCUUGAAUCUAAAUCAUGCUUGAGUCGAUACAAGGUUCAAUAACAUAACGUCAUUGAAGUUGAAUCGUAGGAGACACUAGACCUGAGUAUAGUAGAAGAGUCAGGACAGGGCCUCAAUGUAUUGUGAAGUGGAGGCCUAGUGGGAAGGUUUGCCAUUUUGAAUGUCUGAACUUGCAUUGUGAAAUGUAGCACACUCGGCAAAAGAGAUGUCAAUAUCGUGGAAUAGCACUCGUAUGAUAAGACAUAAGAUAGGCAAUAAAGCUCAUGAAGAUAGGGACAUAAAACAUGACAUGGUAACAUAGGAAAACUAAGAAACAUUUAUAUAGUUCAUUAUGCAUAGUAUCUUUUUUAAUAUUUGAGAUGACAUCAUUAUCUUUUUUAGUCUCUGGGAUACUAUCUGCCGCAUACGCGAGACAGAAAGUGUAACUACCGAAGCUCUUUCAACUUGUCCUGUCUUUGGAUAAGUAUUGCGGGCCUUUGUGCUUAGCACUACAAUGAUAUAGUGGUGGAAUACUAUCUGCUUGUUCGGGCCUUCGUGCUUAGCACAAUCAUAAUAUAAUGGUGGAAUACUAUUUGUCGUAUUCAAGCCCUUAUGCUUAGCACAAUCAUAAUAUAAAUUGGUCAAAACAUGUAUGUAGCCAUUCUUGUGGAUCACAUUACAUUAACCUCUGUGGAUCAGUUUUUAUUCAUAGUCAUAGCAUUAUUGAAUAGGUAUCAUUUUGACAUUAGAUAUUUCUAUAAGAGAGAUGUAUGAACUUGACAUGGAGGCAUGGUAAGUGUAUAAAACAAUUGUAAGACCAAUAACAUUAUAUGAGAGUGAAUAUUGGGCCUUUAAGGUCCAACAUAUCCACAAGAUGAGUGUUGCAAAAAUAUAAAUGUUAAGGUAAGUGUAUGAUUAGAAAUGAGGACAUACAAGUAAAGUUACUGACUGAAGAUGAAAUGAUAGAGGGUCAUUUGACGUGGUUUGGUCAUGUUUUAUGUAGAUCUGCAGAUACACCGUUCUGUGGUGAUAUCAGAAUGAUUGAAGGUGUUAAAAAAUGGAGACAAGAUAGCUCUAAAAUAACAUAGAAAUUAUCACGAAAGACCUACAAUAAAAGAAAGUUGACUCCAAAAACCUACAAUAUCUUAAAAUCAUUACUAAUUUAGUGAAUUUGAACACAAUGAAAGAAAAAGAUUUAUAUAGGCAGUAUCAACUAGUCAGGUUUAAGUCGUUAGUCAUGCUGGUGAACUUACAUUAGGUCCAACUUCUAAGAGUUUUUUAAAUCUUGUUACGUAUUUGUAUUUCUUUGGAAAAUAUAGAUAACCUGUUAGAGAACCUAAAUUUGAAUGAAAUGGGUUCAGAAGGAGCAAUACUGAGAAUGAGGAUUCAUAUAGCCGAGACCAACUAGCUUUGGAUUGAACGCUAGUAGUUGGUGCUGUGAACUACCUGUGUGCCUUGCUGUGCCAUGACUGUCUUCAUCAUUUUGAUGCUUGGAUGUCAAAGAUAAUGUUCUAGUUCCAGUUUUCUACUAGUCAAUGCUUAAAAGCUGUAGCAGUCUACAUGUGUCUUGAGCAUGGAACCGAGUAUUACUGCUUACUUUCUUUCCAUUAAUUUCU